AUGAACGACGAUCUCCAGCUUCGGGGCAUGCAAUACAAUAUCGCCUUGACGGUUUUCUUUGUUCCAUACGCGCUAUUCGCAGUACCAAGCAACAUUGUACUGAAGAUUUUACGUCCGUCAAAAUGGAUAUCGGUGAUGUUACUUUGCCGAGGAACAGUAAUAAUUUUGAUGGAUAUUGUUGCAAAUUAUCCAGGGCUCGUUAUCGCCAGGUUCUUCCUCGGUGUUACAGAAUCCGGAUUCUUCCCAACAGCUAUCUUUCUCCUAACCCUCUGGUAUCGAAGAUAUGAGGUCCAAUCUCGUAUGGCCGUCUUCUAUGCUUCAGCAUCCCUCUCUGGCGCAUUAUCAGGAUUGUUGGCGUUUGGGAUACAGAAAAUGGAUGGAGCGGGCAAUUUGGAUUUUAUUCUAGAGGACCGUGUCCCAGUCGCAUGCUUCUUUGUGGUGUGGUUCAUCCUUCCUGAUAGCCUCGAACUGGCCAGGUUCCUCACUUCAUCUGAGCGGCAUUCAUCACAGCCAGGUUGUCAGCUGACACAGGCUCAGAGCAAGGAAAGGUUUACUAACUCCGACAGCAUCAAAUGGCAUUAUAUUCUGGCCGCUUUCAAAUAUUGGAAAAUUUGGACUGCUGUGGUUAUGUACUGGGGUAAUUCGAUUGGCGUAUACGUCCGUUAG